UGUACUCAUCAGCAAAUGACAAAUUAAAAAGUUUUAUUUUUCUCAUAUUGGUACGAGAUUUUAUUGAUUGUUUUCUUUCAUAAGAUUUUCGGCCAGACGGCGACUGAAAUUGCAAGUUACUGUGAUAUAUUUAUUUUCAAUAUUUUACUAUUCUUAUCAACCAAUUAAAUGAGCAGGGAUAUCGAGUUAUGUCUAUAAGUAAUGGAAGGUACAGAACUGGGUGGCGACCAGCAAUUCUGUUUGAGAUGGAACAAUUUUCAAGCGAAUAUAACUUCUCAAUUCGAGGCGCUGCGCGAUGAUGAGGACUUCGUGGAUGUGACCCUGGCGUGCGAGGGGCACAGGCUGGAGGCCCACAAAGUGGUUCUCUCGGCGUGUAGUCCCUAUUUCAAGGAAUUGUUCAAAAACAACCCAUGUCCGCACCCGAUAAUCUUCAUGCGCGACUGCGAGGUGUCGCACGUGCGCGCGCUGCUACAGUUCAUGUAUGCGGGACAGGUGAACAUCGCGCAGGCGCAACUCUCGGCGUUCCUGCGCACCGCCGACGCGCUGCAGAUCCGCGGUCUCACCGACUGCUCGCAACACAACGACAAAAAAGUGAACAGAAAGUCCCCUCCUUCUCAGCUACGUAAUUUGCUCAGCGCCAAGCCGUCGCAUACUACCUCCUCUUCCAAAGCCGCUAGCCAAAAUGUCGAGUCAACUUCUACUGACGACCAAGAGAAGAACGCUAGUCGCCGCUCCACAAGAAAUUCUCCCGACGUUGCCAGAAAUAAUCUCAACGAAGAAGCUCCCUUUCAAACUUCUAGUCAAACGAGGCCUAAUAAUGAUGACUAUAGCGAAACAUGCAACUAUCCCUCUCUGAGGGUGAAAACUGAUCUCGAAGCGCCGCCGGAGGUGAAAAAUGAAGAAAAUGAUAUCCUUAUGGAUCCCGGGGAGUCAGAGAGAGCUGACAAAUGUCAAGAUUUCAACGCGUCCGACCUUCUGGAACCAAAAAUGGAAGUCAUGGAACAGGAAGCGAGCGACGAAGAGCGCUCCGGCUACCCGCCGAUGUACUACAACGAGAACAACGCGUUGGCCAACCCGUUCGCCACGCUGCAAGACUCUUCCUCGGCAGGUAACAUGGAUCUCAUGGCCGGGAUGACCGCGGAGCUGCGGGACGAGAACGCCGAAGGGGCUAGCGGUUGCGUGAUCGGCCCGUGGGACGGGCGUCGCAACCGGCCUGUUCCGGACGCGGUCUGGCUGGAGCAACACCGGCGCGCUCUGCCCUUCGUCCUCAAACGCGAGAACGAGCGCGGAGGGACCGUUGCGCCUAGACUUAUAAAACUCGGCGAGGGCGUGGAGAUACGAGAAGAACUAUUACGCGGAGUCAAGUGGGGGGACUACAGGAAGGUGACGCGAGGACUUGCAGCCGCUUUGUUCUCGCCCAUCGAGUUGGCGACCUGCUCCGUGACGGGCCAACGCUGGUCCCGCGCGGGGCAGGAGUCGCGCCCAACCAAGCCGCCCCUGGACCGCCGCAGAGUACACGCCCUCAUCUCCUACGUCAGCAGACACUUCCCCGACGUAGAGGUCAGCAGGAUCAAGCAGGUGUUAGCCUACAAGUGCAAGGAGAACUGCGCUGCGCUUCGGAUGAGGACCGCUAGGCUGUCGAACUGUUUCAGCGAGUCCACUAACUACCUGCUGAGCGCGGCGGCGCGGCCCCCGCCCUGCGACGACGUCGCUUCGCCGGCGCCCGGGCGCUCCUCAUACACCAAUUUUGACGCGAAGGCAUCGGGCGGAGGCGGCACGAGCGGCGGCGGAGAGAGCUCGCGCGCCACGAGCGCGGCGGGCGCGGGGGCGGGCGCGGACGCGGCGGCGGAGGCGCCGUGAUGGCGCGGUGCAGGCCCGCAAGCGCCGCCCUAUUGCAUAUCACUUUCAUAAUCUUGUUGUUUUUUACCAAAAAGAGAAAUUCUAAUGAUACUCGUCGCCCGCGCGAGCGGUGGGCCGCCCGUAUGAAAUAUUCAUAUUUAUUUAGGUGAUAUUUUUCUAUUGGCUACUGAUAAGAUUUUAUCUCGUUACGCGCCGGCGGGCGCAUCGUCGUUAGUGAGGGAGUGGUGCCCGAAGCUCUAGCAAUAAUUUAUCAGGUUCCUAAGACAUGUUUUGUAGUUAGGUUCUAUAUGCACGAAUUUUCGCGAACACUGCCGCUUGAUUUCUAAAUUUAUUUCGUCGAUUUUAGUCGUUUAAUUGCUUCCUUUAUUUUAUAAAAAGAGUCAUUUUCAUCGUUACGUUAAAAUUUGUAUAUGAAGCAUUUAAGUGCUGUACGAGGGACCGUUGCAAUUGCAAAGUAAAUAUAUCAAAAUGGCAUAAUUUUAGGACUAAUAUAGAGAUAUUAUAGUCAUUUUGUUUUAUAGGUGUAAAUGAUAAAGAAUUUAUUUUGGAAUGUCUGGUCGGGAUGUAGUAAAGUCUUUGGAGAGCUGUGAUCACGAUGGAUAUAAAUAAAACAGUCAUAUUUUUAAAUAACUACCUUUAAGAGUUAUUACGUAAUAAUUACCAUUGUACAGAGAGCUGUACGUAGUGCGGCUCGAGCCGCGGAUACGCGUUGGUUGGCUGGCUAACUAACUGGCUGACUAGCUAACUGGCUGAUUGGCCGGCUAGUUAGUUGGCUGGCCAGCCGCGACCGCGGUCGGUCCUGUCUCACAUCUGCACACGGAUGCACUAAUCAUAUCAAAAAAGCAAUAACUAUUAUUUGAUAAAAAGAUUUUUUAAUUUUUAAAGUACUAUUUUAACCAAGUUGUUAUAAAUGUAGUUAGUAUAUUAACUGAAGUCUCUUUAAAAAGUCCACGUUUAUAUUAUUAUAGUUCUUUUGAACGUUUAAAGAAAUCCUCAUAAUAAUUAUGUCUUAAAGUUGUAAAGUCAUAUCAAUUUUUCACGAUUUAUCGUUCGCGUAAGGAUGCGCCUGCACAGUGGUGCGGGUGAAGGGGAGAUGUGCCAAGGGGCGGUUAAGAACCGAGAGGCGGCUUCGGCCGACGGAAGACUGAUGAAGCGUAGCGUAUUGUAUGAGCUUAGCUCAAGUGUGGUGCCAAGGUUGCAUGUUGAUGAUAGUAAAUUUUUGACGAGUUUUACGAUCGAGAGAUGGAACGGAGCGUGGUACGCGCAUCUCCCGACACGCGACACGUGAUCAGUACACUGUUGCACCGAUCUAUGAGAUGGCAGUGUACUGCGCCGGCGCAGGGUGGAGCCUAAAUGUCUCGGUCCUGCUUCCAUUGUAGAUGAUGUCAAACCCCUCUGGUUGUCCCAUAUCAUGCUCCACCCUGGAGGACCCUAGGCCGGCCCUAUUCGUGUACCUAGAAGUAAUCAGUUACCAGAGAUAGGAUAUUUAGUAGUCACGCAGUGCUACAUAGUAAAAUUUUACUAACGAUUCGUAAAGUUUACGAUGCCAAUCGAAGUCUUAAUGCUCAAUUUUGCCAAAUUUUACUUGCCGAGAACGUCUUGUCUAUGAUUUCGUGGGUAGUUUGUUGUUGGCGCGGCCACGUCCUCGCCGAGCUAACCUUUUGCUCGCCGACCCUUGACGUGGCUCCAGGUCGCCAGUAGCGCCAUCCCUACAAGUCCCGUGGCGCUACCCGCGUCCCCUCGGCGCACAGAAGGCCAGGAACGAGGCUCAGGCUGUGGCCGCGCUCAUUUGCUCAAUAAUAUGGAUUAUAUUUCUUUCAUAGUCAGUUCACACACAUUCGUUAUAAGAAUUAAAAUUUUUGGCCCGAUAAAAAGUAUAUAUCAUUAGGAAAAUUAAUUGAACAAAAUUUAAUUGUAAUUAAAUUUAGAGUUGAGAAAUUAAGAGUUAAUAAAUUCGCAAGUAUAAUACUUUACGACGAAUGUUCGAGAUGCAAUAUGUUAAUUUAGUGCCAAAUGAUAAGUUAACUCGUAGCGAUAUAUUGUAUCCUAAUGCUCUUGUAAUUUCUCACGUAGUGUUAAUGACCUAUGAGGUUUCAAAAGUUUCUUUUACAAGACUAUAAUAUAUUUAUACAGGGAAUGUGUUAGGCAUGUACUGUUGUUCGGAUAUAAGCGUGUUGUUGAGGUAUAAUACUCAUCGGCAGGGUGUAAAAAUAAAGGUUUCGGCUGCGUCAAUAGAUAGUCUUGAUAGUUGCGACACUCGCAUACUCACUCGGGCCUGCCGUGUGCACCAGUACCGGGACGCACUCACAGGGUAGCCACACAACUCAUUUACUGCCUUCACAUACCGACAUGCACUUAUUUUUACACUCUGUUGUCUAAACAUUGAAUGAGCAAUGGAACAAGAGAAUUUAUUUACUCAAUAUUUUUUUGUGUUAUCAUAAUUUUUUACUAAAUUUAAAUAUUCAUUAUUUUGCAUUUUUUAUGAUGUAAUGGCAGCUGUCCAUAUAACGGUGAACGAUCAAAUCAAUCACUGGUUUGUUUAAGGUUUCAUAAAUAAAUUGUAAACGAUACAUCGAACAUGACACAUUGGGCACAAAUAUAUAAUUAGAAUGCUUGAUUAUCGCUGCUUGCUAUGUAUUUAAUUGAUGUCAGGUUUUCAUUGUUCCGGGCGCGCUAGUGUCUGAUGGAAAAUUUGAAACCAAUGUUGUUGAACAAGCCAUGUGUCCUGUUUGUCAACAAAACUAGAAACGUUUGUGAGUCAAGAACAACAUCGAUGCUCUGCGCCCAUCAGUGCGAGCGGGCGCAGCGUUGUGCCAAAAUUAUGUACUAGUCUUUAAAAAGAAAUGUUGUUAUCAUUUUUCAGAUUUUAUUUAGUCCAGAAUGUGUUUGCUCCUGUGCUGUGAAAGUAAUAACGUGAACAAAUCAACACGUGGCGUUGCGUUGAGGCGCGAUGCGGUCGCUGUAGCCGUGUCGACCCACAGGUGACGUUAUUGCCUGGUCGUAUAAUAGGUUUUAUAGCAAUUUUUGAUUGUCGUAAUUGUUAUACUUCAUGGAAGCAUAUUGUUAAAUACUGUAGUUAUAAAAUUAAUGUCCUCGUUAAAGCGACCGCAUCGUGUUGGCGUCGGUUAGCCGUUGUGGGUCAGUAAUUGUAAUGUUGUUCUAAGAAUAGACUAUCGUAAUUGCACCAUAAUCUUGUAUUUUGUGUGUGUGGCUAUUACAUUAGUACAUUUACUAAUAAUUAUAUUGUUUGUACUUCUUUGUUUACGGACAUGAAUAUGAACAAGUUUUGAUACUUUCAAAUCGAAAUAUUUCAUCAAUUGCAUUAACGUGUCAUUAUUCUCUUUGCUUAUAUACAAACUGUAAACAUCCUCAAAUAAUCUGUAAAAUGUACUAUUUACAAUUAUUGACCCUAACAACUAAUAAAUGUGUCAUUAUAAUGAGUCAUAAAAUCUAGCGUAGUAGGUGCAAAGUUGUGUUGAUUUGUUGCUAUAUGUAUAAUAUUAUAAACGAACAAGCACAUAAUUAUUUAACUUUGAGCUUGUGCAAUAUUAUUCCAAAUUGUUUAUAAGAAAUCUGUUAUAAUUAUUUCUAAAUUGUUAUAUAAAUAUUUUUGUAAACAUAAAAAGACAUAGGCAACUUAAAUUCUAUUUUUGUUGUGCAUUUAUUCUCAAAUUUUAUCAGAUACUACACCUUGGUGUCAUCGUGGACUGUGGAGUCUGCUUCUGUGGAGAACUAUUCAAUUAGUACCGUACCGGGCGCGCAGAGAGAGGUGAGGCCAAGUGAGGAUGUACCUCGCCAAGGCUCCCUCGAUCAGAGGGCGACCUGCACUCGUUUGACCUCACCUCUGCUGGUCACACCUGUACAGUAGAUUUUUUUAUACAACACUGAUAUUGUGAGUCAAUUCUAGUAAUGUUAAUGUUCCCUUUUUUAUUUAGAAUAAUUUACGAUAAACAAAUUAAUCUAAGAUUGCUCAACCAAGAUGCAAUGCUAACUGCAAUUUAGACGUACGAAUAAUUUUAUAUUAUGUCCUUUUUAUAUUAUUAUUUAUCUGAUAUUACUGUUUUAUUUGUGAGUUACGGCAGCGCAUGUUAAUCUACGUUUAUUCUUAAGAGAGGCCAAAUGUUGACUUGCUUAUGUGAGACUGUUUUGCCAAGAAUCAGAAAGUAUAUUAUUACCUACAUUGUUUUAAAAUAAAUGCUUUUAUAUAAACA